GGGCCGCGGGCGCGACGGGAGCGCAGGGCUGGCGUGAUCCCGCCGGGAGCGCGCGGCAUGGAGGGGGCCGCGGAUAGCGCCCGGUUCGGCUACAUCUUGGAGCUGCUGAAGCGGGACAAGGUUGCCAUUAAGGGUAUUGAAAGAGAGCUUAUCUGCCCAGCAUGCAAGGAAUUGUUUACCCAUCCACUGAUCCUUCCCUGCCAGCACAAUGUCUGUCACAAAUGUGUGAAAGAAAUACUUUUUGCGUUUGAAGACGCCUUUGCUGAUGGAGGCUCUGAAUCCUCUAAUCAGAGUAGCCCUCGAAUUAGAAUCUCUGCUUCUAGCAUGGACAGAAUUGACAGGAUUAAUAGAUCAGCCUCACAGAGGAGGUCUUUUGGGUGCAGAGGCAGAAAACGCAAUUCACUGACUCCUAGAUCGACUCUGUUUCCUUGUCCUGGUUGCCAGCGGGAUAUUGAUCUUGGAGAGCGUGGCAUCAAUGGCUUAUUUCGCAACUUCACUUUGGAAACCAUUGUGGAAAGAUACAGACAGGCAGCCAGGGCAGCCAUUGCUAUUAUGUGUGAUUUCUGCAAACCUCCGCCUCAGGAGUCCACAAAGAGCUGCAUGGACUGCAGUGCAAGCUAUUGCAAUGAAUGUUUCAAAAUACACCAUCCUUGGGGAACUGUGAAAGCCCAGCAUGAGUAUGUAGGACCAACCACCAACUUCAGACCCAAGAUUUUGAUGUGUCCAGAACAUGAAAUGGAGAGGGUAAACAUGUACUGUGAAAUCUGCAGAAGGCCUGUUUGUCAUCUUUGUAAACUGGGUGGAGGUCAUGCAAACCAUAGAGUAACAACCAUGAGCACUGCCUACAAAACCCUUAAGGAGAAGCUUUCAAAAGAUAUUGAGUACCUCAUCAGUAAGGAGAGCCAGGUGAAAGCUCACAUCACACAGCUGGAUCUGCUGCUGAAAGAAACAGAGUGCAACAGUGAAAGAGCUAAACAAGAAGCAUCUCAGAGUUUUGAGAAAUUAUAUCAUGUCCUGGAAGAGAAGAAAUCUGCAGCUCUUAGGGCAAUUGAAACUUCUAAGAAUAUAAGGCUGGAAAAAUUGCAAACACAAGUGGAAGAAUACCAAGGGCUCCUGGAAAAUAAUGGCCUUGUAGGAUAUGCUCAAGAAGUGCUUAAAGAAACGGAUCCCUCCUGUUUUGUUCAAACAGCAAAACAACUUCAUGUCAGAAUCCAAAAAGCUACUGAGUCUCUGAAGAGCUUUAGGCCAGCAGCUGAAACUACUUUUGAAGACUUUGUGGUGGACACUGCUAAGCAAGAAGACAUCCUUGGUGACUUGUCCUUCCAUUCCAAUGGUCUAGAAAUACCAGAAAUCAAUGAAGAGCAGAGCAGAAUGUACAACAAAGCUCUGAUCUGUUGGGAAUGCCCUGGGAAGACAGAUUCAGCUGAUAUCUAUGUUCUUGAGUACCAUAAGCUUAAUAGAGAAGAUGAGAGUGUGACAUGGCAGAAGACUGAAGUUUGUGGCAAGAGCAAAUUAUUAUCUGAUCUUGAUGACGACAGCAGCUAUGCCUUUAGAGUUCGAGGAUACAAAGGGUCUAUCUGUAGCCCUUGGAGCCGAGAAGUUAUUUUGCGUACUCCUCCAGCUCCAGUUUUCAGUUUUCUUUUUGAUGACAAAUGUGGGUACAACAAUGAGCAUCUCCAGCUGAACCCAAGAAGAACCUCUGUGGAAAGUAGGGCAGGAUUUCCUCUCCUACUGGGAUCUGAACGCUUGCAGGUUGGAUGCUACACAACCCUGGAUUACAUCAUUGGCGACACUGGGAUUGCCAAAGGGAAGCACUUCUGGGCUUUUCGUGUGGAAGCCUAUUCAUACCUGGUGAAAGUGGGAGUUGUUCCUAGCAACAAGAUACAGAAAUUGUUCCACAAUACCCAUGAUGUGACCAGUCCAAGAUAUGAGCAAGACAGCGGUCAUGACAGUGGGAGUGAAGACGCCUUCUUUGACUCAUCGCAGCCUUGCACACUGGUCACCUUAGGCAUGAAGAAGUUCUUUAUCCCUGCUACACCUGCUGCUCCCAAGGAUCCAGCAAGCAGAAUCCUUCCCCUGCCGUCGUGCUUGGGCAUUUGCCUUGACUGUGACAAAGGCAGGGUAGGGUUUUACGAUGCAGGCCAUAUGAAGUGCCUGUAUGAAUGUGAGGUGGAUUGCUCUGGCAUAAUGUACCCAGCAUUUGCUUUGAUGGGCGGUGCAGCAGUGCAUCUUGAGGAAGCUGUCACAGCCAAGUACAGGGAGUACCAUGACGACAUCUAGUGCAGUAAUCUCUUCCCGUUGCUGUUCCGAGAUGAAAGCAGAAAAGUUCUACCUUAGUUUUCAGUCCUGAUAAAUUAUAUUCUACCUGCGUGUUGCUCACAAGCCUCUGGCAUGUGAUUCUUUAAAAUAGAUGGUCCAGGCACUUCCUGAAACAGAGGAAUUCUCAUGCCUUUCUUGUGAUCUGUGCAAUGCUGUUCUCUACAGCCUUCUUUUCCUGGGGGAAGCAGGGAAGAAGUCUGACUAGCAACCAAAAUUUACUCUUCAGGACUAGCAACCAAAAUUUACUCUUCGGGGUAGAAAUCUGCCUUGUAUUUAACUUAAAUCCUUACACAGUCAGCUUUGUAUUUAAUGAAGUCAAAGCUGACAGUGGGGGAUUGCCAUUCUCCUUUUAAGAAAUCUGCCUGAAUGCCUCUACGGGGUCAAAUGCUUUCCAGUUAACCCUUGACCACCAGUCGGGCCUUUCAGCACAAAACAGCAUUUAAGAAAAUACAAUACAAAAGAGGAAGAAACUAGAAAUGGUGUUGAAUGUUUAAGUUAUACUUGGAAUGAUGAGGGUAAACUUGAAUCUGAUUGCAUGUUGUAUACCCUUAAUGUGAUUGUAAGUUAAAACUCAAGUUCUGACACUCAGUGUCAUAUAGUUGGUGGCAUAAUGGUAAGUAUCUUUAUUCUUCAGGCUUUUACUAUAAGCUAUCAAAAAGAAAGUGCAAUUGUACCUUAAAUGUCAGAUUUUGGAGUCAAAAAUCAGAAAUGUUUGCAUGUGUGAUUAAUAGUACCUGGUAUUUAGGCAAAAGCAAAUGAGUUACUGACAUGAGUAAUCAUAUGUGAAUUUCAAAAAAAAAUCAGGUAUUUCUUUUAAUACUUGCUUUUAUAGGUUAAUUUUUUUUAUCUAGUAGCAGCUUAGAUUUUUCUUAGUAAGAAUAUUAAAAAUGCACUGGUUAAGUUUUGAGACCUAAUUUCUGCCUUAAAGGAUACCUCCCUUCAAAUUUCAGUUCCUCUAAUGCUAAAAACUGUAUCACAUAGUAGUUUUUCACAGAAUCAUAGAACCACAGAACAGCUUGAGUUGGAAGGGACCUUUAAAGACCAUCCAUUUCAAGCCCCCCUUGUCAUGGGAAGGGACCCCUUCCACUAGACCAGGUUGCUCAAAGCUGCAUCGAACCUGACCUUGAACACUUCCAGGUAUGGGGCAUCCACAGC